CGUUACAGCUUCCUACAAGAAAGCACCCCUGCGAUCUUGGGUGUGAGCGAAGUCAGGUGUAAAGCAAGUUGGGAUUUUGCAUCAAUGAACUGUGACCACAGUAAUUGCUCGAGCAAUAUUUUGAAACGAAGUAUUAACACUUAUUUCCAAUUAUUGACUCUAUGUGUUCAAUAAUUUGUGUCUGAUGUGCAUUAUAACUGAUUAUGGAACUUCUGAAUGAACAAAAAUGUACUGGCUCAGAAAACAGUACAAAUUCAAAUCUAUCACAAUUUUACUUGAUAAUGAACUUUCAUUCUUAAGACCUCCUGGCCUUGGCGUCCUGCCACUCGUUCCGCGCGAACCCGUGUGGCCAGUAGAGUGCAAAGUCCAAAGUGUGCGGUAUUACAGUGAUAUUUGUGGCGCGGAGCCUCGCUACACCAGUCGCUGUGGGAUUCUCGGACGCGUGGUUGGUGCUACGCUACGCAGUCCGUCCGCGUCUUCGGCGCCUCAGCGUCCACUCGACCGUCCACCGCAUUUUUCAUACUCCUGGCCCAGUAGUUUGUAUACAGUCAUGCCGACCGAAAGAAAAGUUUGUGUUGUGGGCUCUGGGAAUUGGGGAUCUGCAAUUGCAAGGAUUGUAGGUUUUAAUGCAAAGCGACAUCCCACUUUGCAUGAAACAGUAACUAUGUAUGUUUAUGAAGAAAUUAUAGAUGGAAAGAAGUUGACAGAAAUUAUUAAUGAAACUCACGAAAAUGUCAAAUAUUUGCCUGGAUACAAGAUCCCUUCCAAUGUAAUUGCUGUUCCUGAUCUUGUUGAAGCUGCAAAGGAUGCAGAUAUCCUAAUCUUUGUAGUGCCACACCAGUUCAUUCAAAGAAUAUGUUCAACAUUACUUGGAAAGAUCAAACCAACAGCAUGCGGCCUUUCUCUAAUCAAAGGUUUUGAACGAGCAGAAGGUGGUGGAAUUGAGCUAAUUUCCCAUGUAAUUCAGAAGUUGCUUAGAAUACCAGUCAGUGUUCUCAUGGGUGCAAAUAUUGCACAAGAAGUAGCAGCAGAAAAGUUCUGUGAGACCACAAUAGGUUGUAAAGACAAGGAGAUGGCCCCUGUUUUCCAAGAUCUUAUCCAAACAGAUAACUUCAGAGUUGUUGUAGUGGAUGAUGUUGAUGCUGUAGAAGUGUGUGGUGCUUUGAAGAAUGUUGUCGCUGUUGGUGCUGGAAUCGUGGAUGGUCUGGAGAUGGGAGAUAAUACAAAGGCUGCUAUCAUUCGACUAGGUCUUAUGGAAAUGAUCAAAUUCAUUGAAGUAUUUUACCCUGGCUGCAAAUUAUCAACUUUCUUUGAGAGUUGCGGUGUAGCAGACCUUAUCACUACGUGCUAUGGAGGCAGGAAUCGACGUGUUGCUGAAGCAUUUGUGAAAUCUUCAAAGACUAUUGAUGAAUUGGAAAAAGAACUUCUCAAUGGACAGAAACUUCAGGGACCUAUCACCGCUGAUGAAAUUAAUUAUAUGUUGAAGCAAAGGAAUAUGGAAGAAAGGUUCCCCCUUAUGACUGCAGUGCACAAAAUCUGUAAAGGUGAGAUGAAGCCUAUUCAGUUGGUGGAUGCAAUGCGAUCUCAUCCAGAACACAUGUAAGUGGAUCCAACACCAUGACCACAUGCUGUCGACUUGCGAUCCAUCGUAGUAGUAGAAGAAACAGAAAGUUGUUACCUUGCAUUACCUGGAUGAAAAGUUUUGCUGUCCAUUUUUUGUAUUUCUGUAGUGGGUGGAAGUUUGUGUCUGUGUGUGUUUGGAUGUGUGUGCAUGCUGUGCCAUUCUGAAAAGUACCUGCACUUCUAAAUUACUUUUAUUACAUUGUAGUUUUGUGGAUGUGAAAUGUAAAAUUUGACACUAUUGUAAUUAUUACAUAGAAAUUAUUGUUGGUUUUAUUGUAGAGCAUGUAUGUAUGUAAAUAUUUUACAUGUAUUAAUUUGCAGAGCUUUAUAUUGUUUUAAAAUAAUAUUUUUCUGUUUUAUAAUAUUUCUGUUUUUUCUAAACACACUGUGUGUAGUUUUAAUCCUUACCUAAAAAUGUUCCUCAAUAUUCAGAUUAUGCUUCCAGCUUGUUUCAGCUAUUCUGUAAAACAAUAUAUGAAGGGCACUCUAAAAGUUUCCAGAGUGAAACAAAAACAGUUGUUUUUCCAUUUUGUGGCCAACUAGUCUUUAAAAAGAAAUAUUGCCAAUAUCAAUAUAUCUGUAUAUCUAUAUCCAUCAAAAGAACAUUUUUCAUGCAAUGAUUUUUUUUUUCAAUUUUGAAGUUAGAAAGGGUGCUAACAAAUUUCUUGAAUGUUUGAUGUUGCAUUUUGAAAUUCUUUCCCCUCACAAUCAACUGUUGAUGAAUGAUAUUGAGAAUCUCAUCUGGCCUGAAAUUUACUGAAGGCUGAGCCUUGGGACUCCUGUUGACAGCCACAAGAAAAGAAUCUUGUUUAUGCGAAAGAUGUUGACCCUUGCUCUUAUCAGCAGAUAGAACAGGUCUUGAAUUUGUAUCCUGUGUGGUGCCACAAAUGUUGAAUGUGAACUUAAUGUCAAAAAGGUCUAGUGGGUGUAUUUCAGAUCAUUUGACGGAAACAAAAACAUGGGUCAUCUGAACUGGUGGGGGAAAGAAGGGAGGGGGGGAAAUGCUGCAAAGAUUUAAAGAAGGUUCUGGAAAUCCAUUUUUUUUGACAUUGUAACUGGAUGUGAAUCGUGCACAUACAAUUUGACCUUGAAACAAAAAAAAUCAAUAGGCAAUUGCAUUCUGCAUCUUCUUUGACAAGACUGCUGAAGAGAUCUGAAGUGUUUGAAAGGAAAUAGUUUCUUCAUUCUUUUCAGCCAGUGGGCCAGUAGUUACUGAUGUCCUGGCAGACGAUAGAAACUGACAGCACACUGCGAUACCAACCUGUUAUCUCCCUAAAAUCUUUGAGAGCAUUCAGAAGAGAAGGCAGAAGAGAGGCUUGGGUCGUCAUGACAAUAUUUGCUUCUUGCAUUCACCCUACAGUCCAGAUCUGGCCCCUUGUGAUUUCUUUUUGUUUCCAAGAGCCAAAGAAUCCUAUCAGAGAAUGCUGGAUCAGACCUCUAGUCCAUUCAACAGCAGCUAUCAAAGAAUUUUUAGCUGAGCUGUCGAAGGAGUAAAGGCAUGCAGUCUUCCAGGACAGGUUUCAAAAAAAGAAUUGCUGCAUAGAGACAGAAAAAAUGCUUACAGAAAAUUUAGUGGCAAGAUUAAAUUUUCUCUUUUAAACAUACAAAUCUGGAAACUUUUGGAUGAUCCUUAUGUGUAUUCUAGAACUUAGAGCAUCUCAUCUCCACUGUAUUGCAAACUUUUCACUUGCAUUAUUGAAGUAGCAGACCUAUUUUCACAUUUAAUUUCUCACAAUUUUUUUCUCAUCAGUGAUUUAGGCUUUUUUUCACAAAUUGUAUGCACUAAGGUAUGUUUUUUCUCAUAAUUGUAUUAAAGAUGGUAAACUUUCUUUUGACCUCUUUUUUUUUUUUUUAAUUUAGUUUUUUCCCUUUCUAAGAUUUU